AUGUUCAGUGGCUCCUCGAGCCCACCCAAAGACAAGCUUGAGACGCUCCCGGAUACCAGCAUUGGAACUGGCUCCCCGGUCCUCGAAAAAGACGAGGCCAACGCAAUUCGCGAAAAGAGGUUUUCUCCCCCGGGUUCCGGCUUCUUCAAUCGCCGAGCCAGUGAAGACCAGGGUCCGGCCGGUGAGAAGAAGCGCCGGAGUAGUACCGUCACCAAAGCGGCCAGCUUCUUCAGUAGUGCCAAAAACUCCCUGAAUCUGAACGGUACGCGCGACUCCCAAGCCCCGGUCCAACAGGUCACGCAGAGCCCGCUGCACAGGCUGGGGAAGAUGGACCCGGCCCUGAGUGUCCCUCAAGGGUCGUUCAAUAACUCGGCCGGAGAAUCAGUGCCCACCCCCAGAUCAUCGUUCCGCGUCGGUGUCACGGAAGACAAAAACCGAAAAUGUCGUCGGACAAUGGAAGAUACGCAUGCCUACCUUUACAAUUUUCUCGGGACUCCGUCCCCGACCGCACCGCCCGACAUAAAUGGCACCGAGCCGCCCGGGGCUGAGGAGGGGUCGCAGGCGUCGGAUGAAUCAUCCAACGUCGUCGAGACGGACAACGGUUACUUUGCUAUAUUUGACGGGCAUGCCGGUACCUUUGCCGCUGAGUGGUGUGGCAAGAAACUACAUUUGAUUCUGGAGGAGAUCAUGCGGAAGAGUCCCAACACGCCCGUGCCGGAACUGCUCGAUCAGACUUUCACCAGUGUGGACCAGCAGUUGGAAAAGCUGCCGGUGAAGAACAGUGGAUGUACUGCGGUCAUUGCACUGCUUCGCUGGGAGGACCGGGUGCCCAGCUCACAGUCGGCCACCGGAUCCUCCGCUCUCGCCCCAGCGACUGCCGCAGCUACAAAAGGGGAUAACAACUUGGACACUCAGACUCCGACCCAAGAAGCACAAUCUGGUGUCUCGACUGUAAUACCGAAACUCCAGGAGAAGGCUGUCCGGCAGCGCGUCCUGUAUACGGCAAACGGUAGCGAUGAGAACGAAGGGAAAAGGAUCGCCAACGCUGGCGGGCUGAUCCUCAACAACCGCGUCAACGGGGUGCUAGCAGUCACUCGCGCCCUGGGCGAUGCGUAUCUCAAGGAGCUUGUCACCGGUCACCCUUACACUACGGAGACUGUGAUCCAACCCGAAGCUGAUGAGUUUAUAAUUUUGGCUUGCGAUGGACUAUGGGACGUCUGCAGUGACCAAGAAGCCGUCGAUUUAGUUCGAAACAUUCCCGAUGCUCAACAUGCCUCCAGGGUUCUUGUCGAACACGCACUCGCACGGUUUAGUACCGACAAUCUGUCUUGCAUGGUUAUUCGCCUCGACACCAACCGCGUGAAGGAUGUUGUCAAUAACACCGCCGAACCCAUCGGAGUGGAUGGGGAUCCAUCAACGAAUGUCCCCCGCGGUGUGAGCGAGGCCGACAAGAUCUUGGAGGGUGCUCGGAAGAGCAUGGAACGCGCGGGGCUCGACGACCCAGACUGGGCAGAGAAGACCAGCGAGGAUAUUCUGCAGCGCAUGGCCAAAGCCAACGCCAACGAAGAACCCGGGCCUGAAAUGACCACAGAUCCACCUUCUGUGGAUAUCCUGAGCCCUAACAGUGCACCUGAAGAGACACAUUGA